AUGAGCUUUGGAGAUGUCGAUGAACGGCCAACCAAGAAACGGCGCUUUUUCGUGGAGGAGGAGGACGAACAGCCCCUCUCGCGUGACACCCCCGACGCGUCGCAGGAGGCCUUCGCCCCAAGAAACCUCGAAAAUGGCACAGGGGAGAGGGAAGAUGCCCUGAGCUUAUCAGGCAAUGGUAUCUCUGUGGAAGAUGCAGAGCACAAGCGGCGAACCACGUACCAUCCCGACGUCGAUACCAGCUCUAAUGGCGUUCACAGACACGAGCCGGUGCGAGACCAGCAACCUCCGGUGGGACAACAGGAGAAUGGAAGUACUUUUGAUACGGAGCUAUUCUCCAGCAUCGUGGGACAGGAGAUCCCCCAAGAUACAAUGAUGCAAAUCCGGGCCGCUGCAAACGAUAAUAUGGAGAGAGCCAUCAACAUGUUUUUUGACGGGUCGUGGAAGAACGCCAGCCGCACUGCAUCGUCCACUAUUCCUCAACAACCCUCUCGGGCUGAUAUUGCUACAGCAUCGACUACCACGGCCGAGGAACCUCAGGGGAAUACAGAGACGAGGGAUACGACGGACUGGAAACCACCGGAGGGCGCAAAGGUUCUUACGUCUAUGCCAUACCAUAGAUAUAUAGGCGCCUUUGGAGUGGCGGCGUGGGCAACGAGAAGUGGUACUAAUCUAAUUCGUCAUGACGAGCCGGUCAAAAUUGAACGCACUAGGUCGCAACCUUUGACAAAAUUACGCAGAGGUGGAAAAGUUGUCGUGAAUCAAAAAGCAGACGUUUUGACUCGCUUCACGAACCAAAGAGGUGAAGAGAUUGGACGUCUCCCUCGAGAGACUGCCGAAUGGGUUUCCACGCUCAUUGAUCAAGGGAUAUGCGAUUUUGAAGGCGUCUGCGUCUUCGCCCCUGACAGGAUCAGGGUUAAUGAUACCAUCUAUUUGCAGCUCCGAUGUUAUCUCCUCAAGGACGCGUUUCACCCGGACAAUUUCAAGAGUCUGGACGAUAACAGAUCGACCGGCCUAUUCGAGCAGCAGGAGAGUCUGGAGGAGCGAGAGUUGCGUCUCCGUCAAGUUGCCCUGGUUAAGCUCUUCGAUGAGAUUAAUCUACUCCCGACCUCUACCAACGAGACUACUGUAAAGCAUAAGAAGGAAGGGCUGCUGCGGGCAGCUGAAAUGGCGGAGCAAUAUGACAAGAACAAAAAGGACAACCAUAAAGAUACCAACGAGCCAGGUGAUUCCUCCCAGGAGGAAGAGUCUGCCGAGUUAGAAGAAGAUCAGCUCGACACAUUAUACAAGAAGGCCCAGUCGUUCGACUUUAGCACUCCAGAAGCUCAGCCUGCUGAAACGUUUGUGAUGAAUCUCCGUAAAUAUCAAAAGCAAGCUCUCCACUGGAUGCUCGCAAAGGAGAAAGACGCCAAAUUGGACAGGCAGACCUCGAUGCACCCGCUGUGGGAAGAGUACAAGUGGCCCACGAAGGAUGUUGAUGACAAGGUUUUGCCGUGCGUUUAUCGACAAGACUACUUCUACGUGAACCCUUAUUCCGGCGAGUUGAGCUUGGAGUUUCCAGUCCAGGAACAACGUUGCCUGGGCGGAAUUCUCGCAGACGAGAUGGGUCUGGGCAAGACGAUUGAGAUGCUCAGUCUCAUACACUCAAAUCGGAUCAUGCCCGAUGCUGAUGGUUCUGUCAAUGGUCUGCCACGGCUUCCUAAGUCGUCUACGGGGGUAGUUCCGGCCCCUUAUACGACACUUGUCGUUGCACCAACUUCGCUUCUCUCUCAAUGGGAGAGCGAGGCUAACAAGGCUUCUGCUCCGGGAUCGCUCAGAACAGUCAUCUACUACGGUGCAGACAGAAGUGUAAAUCUGAAGACUCUCUGCUCUGCGGCAAAUGGUGCCUCUGCCCCCCAUUUGAUCAUCACGAGCUAUGGAGUGGUGCUGUCAGAAUAUCGCAGCCUUGCAUCUCGACCACUGCUGUCAGCUGGUGGUCACAGCGGACUGUUCUCCCUCGAGUUCUUCCGGGUUAUUCUGGAUGAAGCUCACCUCAUCAAAAACCGCCGUUCUAAAUCAGCUCGAGCAUGCUAUGAGCUCAAGGCUAUCCAUAGAUGGGUUUUGACGGUCCCUUUUGAGUCGAAAGAUUACGUACGCGCCCUCAAUGUUGUGCAGACGGUCUUGGAGCCUCUUGUCCUCCGUCGGACGAAGACGAUGAAGACGCCAGAGGGAGAAGCUUUGGUUCCACUGCCUCCUCGGACAAUUACAAUCGAGGAGGUGGAGCUCUCGCAGCAAGAACGCGAGAUCUACGAUUACAUAUACACCCGCGCAAAGCGUACUUUCAACGACAAUGUCGAAGCCGGUACCCUCCUCAAGUCUUACUCGACUAUCUUCGCCCAAAUCCUGCGACUCCGACAGACUUGCUGCCAUCCGGUGCUCACCCGGAAUAAAACCAUUGUCGCAGAAGAAGAGGAAGCUGCGGCGGCGGCUGAUGAGGCGAACGAUUUGAAGGACGAUAUGGACUUGCAAGAGCUUAUCGACCGCUUCACCGCGUCUACUGAGGCGGCGGAUUCUAAUCAGCAGCAGGACGCGUCAAUGCGCUUUAGUGCCCAUGCAUUGAGGCAAAUCCAGAACGAGUCCAGCGGUGAAUGCCCUAUUUGUUCGGAGGAGCCGAUGAUAGAGCCUGCAGUAACGGGUUGCUGGCACAGCGCAUGCAAGAAAUGCCUCGAGGAUUUCGUCCGUCAUCAAACGGAUAAAGGGGAGGUGCCUCGCUGUUUCUCGUGUCGGGCGCCUGUGACACGGCGAGACAUCUUCGAAGUUGUCCGUCAUCGGUCGCCCAACUCGACAGCAGACGAACAAGAUCUUUACAGCAGCUCGCCUCCAUCGUCUUCGCAACCAGCACCCAAGAUCUCUUUGAGGCGUAUCUAUCCGCUGUCGCCUUCAGCUCAUACGUCGGCAAAGAUCCACGCACUGAUAUCCCAUCUGACGCGUCUGCCUCCCAACACCAAGGCCGUCGUAUUCUCUCAGUUCACGUCUUUCCUCGAUCUUAUCGGUCCGCAGCUCACCCGAGCAGGCAUAUCUCACCUCCGGCUCGACGGCACAAUGCCGCAGAAAGCGCGAGCGGAAGUCCUUCGCCAGUUCACCAGCACGGAAACCUAUGAAGAGGAGCUGGAGGACGAUGAUCUCGAUGCGACGCCCAGGAAACCCUCCAGCCGUCCAAAAGGGCCAACCCAGAAUCAGUCUCCGACCGUCCUCCUCAUGAGUCUUCGUGCCGGCGGCGUAGGUCUGAACCUCACGGCGGCCAGCCACGUCUACAUGAUGGAUCCGUGGUGGAGUUUUGCGGUCGAGGCGCAGGCAAUCGACCGCGUGCACCGGAUGGGUCAGCUGCGCGAAGUAUCAGUGACGCGGUUUGUGGUGAAGGAUUCGAUCGAGGGGCGCAUGCUGCGCGUCCAGGAACGGAAGAUGAACAUUGCAGGGACUCUAGGUCUCCGGGUAGGAGGAGACGGGAGCGAGGAAGAGCGACGAAAGGAGAGAAUCGAGGAGCUGAAGCUGCUGUUUGAGUGA